AUGUUGUCAAACACUUUCAGCGAACCCACAAAGAGUCGGGUCCAAAAUCAAAUGCAACCACCCUUUAAAGCUUCAGACCACGCCAACGACAGGAGAGCCCAUGUCCUCCUCGCAGCAUCCGGCUCAGUAGCAACAAUCAAAAUCCCAAACAUCCUUGGCGCUCUAGCUCAUCACGAGAAUCUCUCUAUAAUCCUCCUCCUUACCAAAUCCGCUUCCGCCUUUCUUCGCGGCCAGUCUCACGAACAACCAGAGCUUCCCCUCUCGUCCCCAAACCUCUUUGCUACAUUCCAUGACGAAGACGAAUGGAACAUCCCCUGGGUUCGCGGGAACCCUAUUUUGCACAUUGAGCUGAGAAGAUGGGCGGAUAUAAUGGUGAUUGCGCCGUUAAGCGCAAACACUCUCGCGAAGAUCACAGGCGGGUUUAGUGAUAACAUCUUGACUAGUGUGGUUCGGGCGUGGGACACUACGGGCUUGGUAGAGGCUAAAAGCGUUAAUGAGAGAAAGAGAAAGAGGAUAGUUGUUGCGCCGGCAAUGAACACGGCGAUGUGGAGACAUCCGGUUACGAGAAAGCAGAUUCGAAUACUUGAGGAUGAAUGGGGGUUGGGGAAGAGCGAGGAGGGUUGGUUUGAGGUUUUGGGGCCCAAGGAGAAGGAACUGGCUUGUGGGGAUGUUGGGGAUGGGGCCAUGAAGGAGUGGACUGAUAUUGUGACAACCAUUGAAGAAAGGUUGGGACUAUGA